GGAGCAGUGGACGGCGAUGGGGAAAGAGAUCGAGGCGGGGAAGAGAAAGAGCUUCCUGGAGCAUUUGGAGGAGCGGUGCUUGGUUAAUAGCGUGGUGGGAGAACGCGAUGUCCUCCACCAGAUGUUUACGAAGAAGCGAGUCGGGAUGUACGCUGGUGUUGAUCCUACGGCGCCGUCUCUACAUGUCGGACACAUGCUGCCCUUUAUGAUUCUCGCGUGGGGAUAUGUUUGGGGGCUACCGGUUACAUUUCUGCUCGGUGGCAGUACAUCGAAGAUCGGCGAUCCCUCCGGUCGGAUGAAGGGACGAGCGCCAGUGGAAUCAUCCGUGCGCAAGGCAAACAUGAUGAGCAUGCAUAUUCAGUUGAAGAAGCUGAGCAGGAGCAUCGAGACGUACGGCAGGCGACAUGGGUACGUGCGGGAAUGGGUGUGGAAACGGGCGUUGAUGAACAAUAACACGUGGUGGAACAAGACGCCCUUUGUCGAGGUUCUGCGAGAACUCGGUCAAUUUAUCAGGAUCGGUCCGAUGCUGGGCAGAGACACGGUCAAGGCACGACUUACAAAGGGCGACGGCAUGGCUUUUUCAGAGUUCUCCUAUCCUCUCAUGCAGGCAUGGGACUGGUGGAUUCUAUUCCGGAAAGGCUGUCAGGUCCAGGUUGGAGGUUCUGAUCAGUUUGGCAACAUCCUUUUCGGUAUGGACUCGAUCAAGGCGAUCAGCAAGAACACCAUGCAUGAGAUCAACCGGAAUCCCCUGGACGAUGAUAUGGACAAACCUAUGGGCAUCACUACCCCGUUGCUGACCACUUCCUCCGGCGAGAAGUUUGGCAAGUCUGCCGGGAAUGCCAUCUGGCUGGAUUCGGAUCUGACCUCGUCCUUUGAACUUUACCAGUUCUUCCAUCGUACCUCCGAUGAUGUCGUGGAGCGCUACUUGAAGAUGUUCACUUUCUUGCCUCUGGAAGAAAUCAGCAAGAUCAUGGAGGCACAGAACCAGGACCCUUCCCAACGCGUUGCCCAGCAGGCUCUUGCAGCUGAAUUUGUGGAGCUGAUCCAUGGCAAAAAAGAAGCAGAGGCUGUCGUCAUGCAACAUCGCUCGCUGUUCCGUCCUCGCAACUCCAAGGCAGAACCGACGCCUCUACCGAAAACACCAUCUAGCCCCCCAGCUAGUCACCAAAAUUCCCCCGUCUCCGGGUUCACAAAUCCCCAAUCCGGCAACGAGUACGCCCCUCAGACCAACUUUGCCAACAUGCCCGCCCCCCACGUAACUCUCCCUCGCUCUCUGGUCUACAACCAGAACUUCCACAAGAUUCUCUACUCCGCCGGCCUGGUCGCGUCGAAGAGCGAAGGCCACCGCAUCAUCCAGAACAGCGGCGCUUACGUCGGCAGUCGCGCCGGCGACACCGGCCCCAUGUCCGACAGCAUGUCCUUCACGCCCAUCAAGCCAUGGGAAGCCUCCAAGACCGAAACCUUCAUCGUGGACGACCUGCUACUCCUCCGGAUUGGCAAGUGGAAGUACAAGAUCGUUAAGAUCAUCAGCGACGAAGACUUCAAGCAGAAGGGGCUGACGGCUCCUGGAUAUGAAGAAGCUGAGCCGGAAGAACCGGUGCAGGAUGCUGCACAGUAACGAAGAGUGAGACACCCUUUCUUCCUCCCCAAUCUUCCUGUAUUUUUCCACCAUCUAUUCCCUGUGUAAUAUAUAGCGAGAAGGCCAUAGCAUUGUAGAAUAUCAAGGAUUUCUCACCUAC